GUAACAUUAUUAAAAACGCCGAAUAAAUUUGAGGCAAUUUUUGGAGAGGUUGCAGGUGGAUUAGGAUCGUUUGGAGUUCCUACUGCUUGUCGCAAGAAGCGAUUUCUAGACAAAGUAAAAUUAAUGGUAGUCAUGAGAGAUAGUAUUAAUCGCCUAUUAAAAGAGUGUGACUAUGUGUCCAAUGAAGAAAGAUUAGAUGUUAUAGUCUAUGGGUCUGGUGUGUAUAGAUUCGGAUUACUAGAUAGAUGCAGGAUACCUGUUGAUGAUGAUUGUUGCAACAUAUUAGAAGAUGCAUAUUGCAUACUUAAAUUGCUUGAA